GGAGGCUAUGUUCGGUCUGUCUACAUUCUGCAGCAAUAGCGUUGUUGGAUUUUUUUGUUGUUAGAUUAUAUUAUUUUUUAUCUUUAUUUUAAGUUGAUUGAAAGUAACAAGAAAUCUCACUAGGCCAAGAUAAUGUGGACUAUGUGGUAACCUGCAAUCCUGCAUCCAUAAGUUGUAAAGUUAUAACACUAUGUAAUUGUUCACGAGCACGAGUACCACAGGAAGAUAUAACUGCUUUUCAACCUUAUUUCAUUUGCUUGGAAGUAUGAGUUGUAUCUAGUAUUUGUUGAUAGUUAAUAGUUAUUGAUGGAUUAAGAUAUUAUUGAUUAGAAUAGUAUAUUAAGAUACAAGUUUUGCAUGAGAAAAUAGCGAAUUAUCAGAGAAGCAAGUUGCUAUUCUUCCUGAUGACCUAAGCCAUCUCAUUGUCUCCAAUCAACCAAAUGUCCCCCCACACUGUCCUUUGCCCUUCCAAAUUCACAUCCCCUUCAAUGGUUCCCACAUCCAUCUCAUCACUUUGCUGUUGCUGAUAUCUAUUUUGCAGGGUCUUCUCCCAUCUGCAAAAUUGAAUCCCCCCUUACCUGCUCCAGUUCAUUCCCAUUUCUGCACUUGAUCCCCUUUUCUUGUUUCAUUAAUAAACCUUGGAUUCUCUCCAUCAGCCUGUAAUCUUGCAGCCUGUUAGGGACGUGUAUUAUGGGGUGCCCAAAGUCCGCAUCAAGUAGUCUGGGAUGUUUGAUAUUGUAUUUAAGGAUACUGAUUCUUCCCCCUUAAUACUAGCUUUUAAGGUGUGGUUCCUCAUUUUCCUUAGGUACUUAACACAGCUUCUUUUGUUUACAUGGGUUAGAGGUCCCUUUGCUGAUUGUCCUAUUGGAAAAUAAAAACCUGCAUUUAAUUGGGUGGAUUAGUAUGAUUAAAGAGGUUGUGAGACUGCAGUUUUCAAUAUAGUUUUAAUAAAAUGCUGUUGUUUAGUCUUUGUGUUUGGAUAUUUUUAUUCUGAUGCUGUUGUUUAAUCUUUGUCUUGCUGCCUUUUGACCUGGACAAGCGUACAAAUAACGUAGAAAACCUCUCCAGUUGUGGGGAUAAGGUUUUAUAUAUCUACUGUGCUCAAACCCGGAGUGUCAUGCACUAGGCCACAUGUCUUAUAGAUGUUUAAUUUUUCAUUGUUGAUGACUGCUAUUCAAAAAUGCUCAUGGUUUGUUAUAUAUUAUGCAUAUCUCACAAAAAAGAAUUAGCAAGAAUCUGAAUGCCUUAUCACUAAUACCCUAGUUGUCUGCCUAAUAGGUGGAUUUCAGUGGUUACUCAAAUGGAGCAUCUAGCAUCUCUGAAUUCACCCCAAAAUGUCCUAGCCUGACAAUUGUACGUCGCAGCAAUAUGCAUGGCUUCUGCAAGCCAGUUUCUGGAGUCCUUGAAGGUCCCAAGUUUUCAUCAAAAUCUGUUAGUCGAGAAGCUGAGAACUUCCUCCUUGAUGCUGUUAACAUGAGUUUCUUUGAGCGAUUAAAUUUAGCUUGGAAGAUAGUUUUCCCAUCAGCAGUAUCUAGAAAAAGUUCGAAUGCUAGAAUUGCCAAGCAACGCUUGAAGAUGAUCUUGUUCUCUGAUCGAUGUGAAGUAAGUGACGAGGCAAAGCGAAAAAUUGUUAACAACAUUGUGCGUGCUCUAUCAGAUUUUGUGGAGAUAGAGUCGCAGGACAAAGUUCAGCUGAGUGUCUCUUCUGAUACAGAUAUUGGAACUAUUUACUCCGUCACUGUUCCUGUGCGGCGUGUUAAGCCAGAAUAUCAAGAUAUGGAUGAAGUUGGGACAAUAACAAAUAUUGAGUUUAAGGAAACCGGAGACAGUUCUGGUUCUUCUGUCGAUGUUAGAUUUGAUUUCUUUGUUCCGGAUGAAAGGUCUUGAGGGUUGAUUUGUUUGUCAAGAGCUUAUGGCUUUGAAUCCUCUAGCAGCGAAACCACUUUGAAGUUCUGUAUAUAUUUAUUUGAAUGUUGACAAUUGCUGUAGGGUGUCUGAAGCGUUUGUUGAGAAAUUUUGUGCCUCCUCUGUUACUAUUAGUUUAGCUUGAUUAUUUUGUUGUUGAGUUAAUGUUAUGUUUUUUGUACUUAACAUGGAUAAUAGGGUUUUCUUACUUGAGUGUAUGAAUCAUUAUCUUUUCAUUAAUGAUGCUUGUUCUUAUUGGCCUUUGCAA